UUCUUUCCCAACAGGUACUCCCACAGUCACAACUAGUACUACUAUUUCUAACACCACGACUCCUUUCCCUACAAAUUCUACUACUGCCAGCACUAGUACUGCCCUUCCUAGAACAACUACUUUUUCUCCAAGUUCUACUGAAGUGACAAGGAGCACUACUGUCCCUAACAGCACUACACUUUCUCCUGCAAAUACUACUGCCCUCAGCCCUUCCGUUACAUCUCCUAUCACCACCACUCUUUUGCCAACAAGCACUACUACUACUACCGUUGGUGCUACUGCUAUUGUCACCGCUCUUUCCCCAACAAGCACUGAUGCUACUAGCACUAAUAACACUGUUCUAGUUACAACUAUUCCUUCUCUUACGAACACUGGUACUGAUACCACUAGCAUGCAUUCGGUUACUACAAAUAUUUUAAAUGGUACCACCACUGCAGGAAGCACAGAAACAACUACAGGCAUCAGCACAGUUACUUUGGUUUCAAACGCUACUUCUGAACAAGCUACCGCUCAGAUGGUGCCCACAGCACUCCCUACAGGCACUGCUGGUACCCACACCACAGACAGUGUGUCUCCAGUGGCACCGACCGGUGUCAGUACCACCACUUAUCCUCCAGGUACCACUACCCGUGCUUCAAGCACCACGUCCAUGGGCACCCCUAAUGCAAAUGUUACCAGUGUAGUAACUGGUGUUAGUGACAUUACAGGAACUCCCAGUAGAGACAGCCCAGCUACUGUUGAUGUCAACACCACGACGAUUCCCGUCAUGAACACUUUUUCAACUUCUGCAGACGCAGCAGUUACUGGUGCCGGAGACUUGGCCACUCCCUCACACGUAAACACGACAGGCAUUGAAUCUCCCACUGCGGCAACUGAAAAUGCCACCACAGCAGAUGCUGCCACUAUCCCUACACACAUUUUCAGCACUAAAACGACAAAUUCAACGACAACUUCUGUCACAGUCCUUACAAACACAUCCAUUCCGAGUACCACAGCUAUUCCCACCACCAAAACUGUGAGCAGGACAGAGCACACAGCAAGUACUGCUGAUGCAGGUAGCUCCAGGAGUGUUGCAGGUGACACUGCACAUGUUUCCAUUCCAAAUGCCACGAUAGCCUCAGACACUUUAACCUCUGCCCCCCUAGGUUCAGUGACUGACCAUCCUGUGACCGUAAAUUCUACAACUAGGUUUUCACCUGUACUUAUGACUAAUGCUACCACAGACAUUACACGUGCUACCAUAUAUACUUCAGAUACUACCACUCCUGACAGAACAGCCGUGAGUGCUGCCACUGCAUCAACUUACGUUGCAAAUACCACAAAUACUGCUCUAGUUCCCUGAAUACUAUUCAAGGCAGGAUAACUACCCCAGACAUCUCUUGAAAAACAACUAUUACAGACAUAGGAAGUCACUGAACUGAUACGUGAUUUUAUGCUACAUGCAUUUUCACAAAUAUUAGCACUAGCUUUCAUAGCUAUGGCUGAUGCAAGCACUGUAGACAUUGAGGACAGAUCUCAAGAUGUGCCCAGUACUAACUUUGUGGGUACUUCUUUUGGAACCAAAAUAUAUACUACUAUUUUGUAAAUUAGAAUUAUACCUCUGAUAGUGCCAUCAGUUAAACUACAGGUAUUUUAUUCAUCUUGCUACAGACUUCACAUAUGAUUUUAAUAUCUUGGAUAAUACUGUAAAUACUAUUGCUCUGUAAAUACUAUUGCUUCAGAUGUUGUCAUUGAAUUAACCCGACUUGUUCCAUAGUACCAUACCUCAGUGAUGGCAUCACAGGUGAUAAUGCCACACCUGAGAGCCUGGUGAUGCCUGCCACUCAAAUGACUGCUAUAGACGAGCUAUUACUAUUACAGUACAUUAUUUAAUUAGAAUGCUAAACAUUGCACUUUAGGUUCCUAAGAGCUUUUCCAAAUACCAUGCCUACCAAUGUAGUAAUUUGCUAUUAUACAUACUGAAAGUAUUAUUGCCUCUAAUGGGAUCCUAUCCAUAGUUAUCAAUAUGAAAAACACUACCAUUGUAGAUCUUCUAUAUACUUUGAUGCCAGGAAAUGAAAUCAUUAAGUGAGGACUAUUACAGGUUACUUCACUGUAAAAGGAAGUAAAAAUAUGAUGAUAGACGUUAAAAACAUAACUUCCCAAACUUGGCAACCAUUCCUGCCAUAGGUACUACUGGUACUCUUACUACAGAUUUGAUAAGCACUUAUAUUUAUAGACAGUAAACAUACCUCCAGGAAAUCACAACUGAUCUUACUUAGGAGAUAAUUUUAGAUCUCUGCUGUUGCCACUAGUGGCUGGGCUCACUUGCAAGGAUCUGAUCUUUCAGAGACCAGAAAUCACCCCGGCAGAGGUGCACACGUAAAGCCACAGCGUCAGGGAGGCACUUUCUGCCCUGGAAUCGGAGUUCAUAUCCUUCUCUGUUUUUUCUUGUAUCCACAAGCUUUCCCUUUCUUAUUUUACCCUCCUUCUGGGGGUUAGGACUUGCAGCAUGUUCUUGCUCUUUCAUACCCAAACUCACUCUUUAUCUUUGAUCUAUUACUUUCUUAUAUCACCCAAAUGCCCUUGCAUAGACUCAUGGUUGAGGGCUAUUGAAGGCUUAACUCCAGAGCAGUAUUUUCAAAACGUAGUUUGGGGACGCAUGGGCAGCUUCAGAAUUCUUCCUUGGGUGUACAAGCUCCAAUCCAUUUUCAUCACAUUAUGUUGUUGUUUGCCUACUUCACUCUCAUUCUCCCGUUAGGGUACAGUGGCACUUUCCAGAGACUCUAUGCUGUGUGAUGUCACCAUAGAUGCAUACGGAGACAGAUGUGACAAUCAAGCCAUCUUCUGUUAAACCAGACACUAAACAGUUUUAUAGCAUAGAAAAUCAUGUCAUUCUUU